UUCAAUGGGAGUGGAUGUGAUUUUUAAAGCAAAGAUUUAGAUUUCUUCUCAAACCAUAUCAGAAAAACAAUAAUUUUCCUGAGAUUAAGAGAGGACUCAAGAUAGUCUUGGGAAACACUCAUAUUAAAGGGGCAGGAAAUAAAUUAAAAGAAUCCAGAACGAAGGAAAAGAAGAAGCCGUAUAAAACAAACUGUUUUCCUUCCCUCCGAUUUCUCAUUUUCUACAAAACAAUUCCUUUAUGAAGCCUUUCUGUGUCUUUUAUCACAAUUUCUCUUCCCCCAAACCAAGCAUUUAUUGCCUAACUACUCAAUUCAUCAAAGGCUUCCUUAAGCAGCUCUUCCCUCUAUCCCUUUUCUAGACGGCACAAAGCACUGGCUCUGGAUUUCAAAAAACCUGAAUUCAGGUUUGGCUUCAGACACUUACUAGAUCCGUGAAUACUAUCCUCUGUUUAUGUCAGUAUUUCACAAUUGUAAAGUGUUCUUAUUAAUUCUUUACUUCCUGAUUGACUACGUGACCGGCACAGUUCUUUGGUAGAAUGAUACAAAAGAAUAUAAAAUCCAAUCCCUGUCUUUCAAGAGUCUCUCUUUCAUAGCUAUUAUGGCUAUAUAUAAAUACACACACACACACACACACACACACACACACUCUUAUUUAUUUAUUUCCCCGCAAGAUUGCAAGCUGUGUAUUCUCUGUACCCCAUUGGUGCCCAACCCUUGGUCGUGUCCAGAAAAAAGGAAAAAAAAAAAAAAAAAGGAUGACUCAUUGGCGAUGCUCUGCUACUCACCAGAGGGCAGCAGACAGCAGCAAAUGCGGUCCAGCUGGCUCCUGGGCAGCUUCUGACGUCGCAGACCCAGUGACAUUCCAGCGCUCAGUCUCAGACUGCGUGGGGACAACGUCACGCCGCCUGGCCCAGGGUGGGAGAGAUCGGGAGAGACGGGGGGAGGGGAGGAAAGCCCUCCUCAGCCUAAGCAUGUCUGCAGAGGCUUCGGAGAGAGAGCCGGCUCUGAGAACGCUGGUGAGGGAAGCUGAGAUCAGCCUGCUCGAGUGCAAAGUGUGCUUUGAAAAAUUCAGCCACGAGAAGGACCGGAGGCCCAGGAACUUGACCUGCGGCCACGUGAUUUGCCUGGGCUGUGUAACGGCCCUGGUGCAAGCCCGGACCCGCACCCUCGAGUGUCCCUUCUGCAGGAAAACGGGCAAGAGCUCCGAGACCAGUGACUGCUUACCGCUGCUGCAGUUCCUCGAGCUCCUGGGCCCCGUGCUCCGCGCACCCCCAUCCUCAGAGGCGGGGGCAACUAGGGCACCUGAGGAUCCGGCGGUCAAGUGGGUCCCCGGGGUUCUGAUAUGUAGUCACUCUUUUGGGGGUUGGGGGACCCUUAUCAACCCCACUGCGAUGGCCUUGUGUCCGAGGUCCGAGAGGGUGGUUAUAGUGCAUGACGGCAGGAAGCGAGUGAAGGUAUUUGACUCAGAUGGAAUAUGUGUCCAUCAGUUUGGAGAAAAGGGGGAGGCCGCCCAGGAAGUCCGGUAUCCGCUGGGUGUUACCGUUACCUCUGACGGCCAUGUGGUCAUCACCGAUGCUGGGGACCGCUCAGUGAAAAUAUUUGAUCUUUCAGGGCAGAAUAAGCUGGUCAUUGGAAAUCGCUUUUCUUUGCCCUGGGGUGUGCAGACCACCCCACAGAAAGAAAUUAUGGUGUCUGAUGCAGGGGCGGGGUCGCUUCACCUUUUGGUGGUUGACUUUCAGAAAGGGGAGCUCAGGAGGGCCGAAAGGCUCCUGGCUCAUCUCUGCAACCCCAGAGCCCUAGCUGUGUCUCGGAUCACUGGGGCCAUCGCGGUAACAGAACACCUGCUAGCUCAGAGGCCCUGCUCUGCCAGCACCAGAGUGAAGGUGUUUAGCGCUGGCUUGCAGCUCUUGGGCCAGGUGGAUACUUUCGGCCUGAGCCUCUUCAUCCCCUCCAAAAUAGAAGCCACUGCUGUGACCUUUGACCACCAGGGAAAUAUCAUUGUUGCUGAUACAACUACCCAAGCUAUAGUGUGUUUAGGGAAACCUGAGGAGUUUCCAGUCUUGAAACCUAUCAUUACCCAAGGGCUUUCUUACCCUGUGGCAUUGACUUACACAGAAGAUAAUUCCCUUCUUGUCCUAGACAGUGGAGUCCAUGCCGUAAAAGUCUAUAAAGCUGGCUGCUCACUCUAACAGAUAAAUGUACCUGUGCGUAUGUAUACCAUACUCUUAUUUAAAAAUCUUAUUUAUUUCAGUUGGAUUUCAUAAAGAAAGACUUUAGGGAUUAUCCAGUGAUAGAAAGAGGAGCUUGUGAUCUCAUCAAAGCAAUGUUUUUUUUCUCUUGAUGAUCAUUUUCAUCAUUUUUUUUUUUCUGAGGCAAUUGAGUUUAAGUGCCCAGAGUCACACAGCUAGGAAGUGUUAAGUGUCUGAGAUCACAUUUGAACUCAAGUCCUUCUGACAUCAGUUCUGGUGCUCUAUCCAUUGCACCACCUAGCUGCCCUAUUUUCAUCAAUUCUUGAUGAAAUUACUAUUUUCCUUGUUUCUUUGAGCAAGAAAAAACAAAAGGCUUAUUUCAAAAAGGAAGAAAUUUUUGCAUUGCACAAUAUAGUUAACAAAUAAGUACUAAUUGGUUAGCUGGUGGAAAAGGUCUGAGCUGGACUCCCAAAUUUUCAAAUAUUGUAGUACUGUAUGAGUGUUAGUAGCCCUAAAUACCUGUAUUAUGGUAAGAUCAUUGCAGUGUACUAUAGUGUGUAACCUUAAUUCACUAUGUCAUUAUGUUUGAGGCAAUUAGGGGCUCAAUGAAGAGUGUUGAAGUUGGAAUCAGGAAGUCCUGAAUUUAAAUCCAGCUUCAGAUUUAACACUAGGCAAGUAACUUUGCCUUUGCCUGUCUUGGUUUUCUAAUCUGUAAAAUGGUAGCAGCACUUACUUCCCAGGGAUUGUAAUAAAAAUAAAAUUAAAUAUGCUGAAAUCCCUUUGUAAAUCUAUAAAUGCUAGUGGCUUUUAUCAUUAUUAUUAUUAUUAUAGAACUAUUAAAGGCAUAAAAUAGCAUAUUGAUCUAGGACUUUUGUUGUUCAGUUUUAAAUUGUGUCCAACUCUUUUGUGAUCUCAUUUGGCGUUUCCUUGUUAAAGAUACUAAAGUGAUUUGCCAUUUCUUUCUCCAGUUCAUUUUAUAAAUGAGGAAACUGAGGAAAAUAGUUUUAAGUGAUUUGCCCAAGGUUAUACAACUAGCAAGUAUCUGAAGCCAGAUUUGAACUUAGGAAGAGGUGUCAGAGGUGUCUUUUCCUCACUUCAGGACCCACAUCCUAUCCACCCAUUUACCCCUAAUUGGCACUUAAAGCUUUUUUUUUUUUUUUAAAGCACUUGCUCUACAGUAACUCUGUAAUUCAAUGGGUCAUAAUCUUUUCUUGGAUCAUAAAUACACAAGACUUUAAGAGGUCUGGUGAAGCCUAUAGGCCCCUUCUCAAAAUGUUUCUAAAUGCAAAAUAUAAGACACAGGAUUACAAAAGAUAUCAAUUCUAUUGAAAAAGAGUUAUAAAAUAUUUUAAACAAGUUCAUAAAUUCCAGUUUAAGAAGCCCUGCUAUAAAUUAAAUAUUACUAUCCUCAUUUUUCAACUGAAGAAAAAGCUACCCAGAUCAAAAUUUGCCAUAGUAACAUCUGUUAAAUGUCAAAGCAAGCCAGGCCUUUUGGCAUCAAGUCCAGAGCUCUCUCCACUACACCAUGUUGCCUGAUAUCUUGCCUGAUAUAACCAAAUGAAAUAUGUGAUAUCAUGAAACAAUUUAUGGGGAGGUUUACUCUGUGCUAUUUGAAACUUGUUCUAUUUAUUGCAAAAUUCUCAAGAAGUUACACUGUCUAAAAUCAGCAUUUCACCCUGUUCGACACUUAAUAAAUGCUCAUUGAAUUGACUCAAA